AUGAAACAUUGUAGUAGUUGUAAAAAUUUUUUACCUGAAACCGCUUUUAAAGAAAUUAAAGCAACGUUAUCAAAAACUUAUAAUAAUUAUAUAUUUAAUAAUGACAAUCUUGAUGUUGAAUUGGCCAAGAUUCAUAUUAACCAAUUAUCACAAUUUGUUGAAGAAUUUGUUGCCGAUGAGGAAAAUAAGGAAUUUGAGCUAAAUAUUUUAUUCGAUAUUAAUGAAGAGAUGAAUUCAAUUACUCAAGUUGCUAAAAAAUUAAAUGAAAUAAUUGGAGAUAGUGAUGGUUAUAAAUGGAAUUUUUGGAAAGCUAAUUAUUCAACUUGCCUUCCUGACCAAAAAGGAACAAUAUAUUAUCAUUGCAGUCAAUCUGCAGUUUUAAAUAAAUUUAAAAAUUCUAAUAGAAAACAAAUUACAAGAUUUGAAU